AUACGAUCAUGUUAUAGUUGCACCAGUCCUUCAGUCUUUAAAGUCACGCUGAUGAAGACGAAAAAGCAGUAGAAUAAAUACUUAAGGAUAGGAUUUGUAGCUGCUGCUGUUGGUCUCUCAGGAUGAAUCGCUUCUCGAUCAGACUCAGCUGUCUGAGAUCUUGGCGCUGUACUAGAAUUUUCUAUUGAUCCUGUGCUUAAGUGAGUGUCCCGGAACUCAGAGACAAUCCUGUGAAUGUGUUCAGAAGAAAGCUGGUAAUAUUAUCUCUCUACAGAGUAAAUGCAUUGCCUUGCUAAAGAGAGCAGUGCCACCACACAAGAGGAAAGCCACACAGGAUGUCUUGGGUCAGUGGCUUUAAAGCUGUAAGAGUGGACCACCAUAAGACAGCAUGGGGUGAACACAAUGGCAGAAAGUCGAGGCGUAAGAGGGGCUCGUCCCUGUGCAACCCACGCUACAUGAGCUGUCUUCGGGACCAGGAGGCCAUGGAGUCUCCAUCACAACACUACUCCCGUGCAGCAGGGGGUGCCUCUAGCAGCAACUUCAGCACACGCUGUGUCUGGCAGGAAGACCACUACGGCAGAAAGGGCGCUGUGGGGCUGAGGGCUGUGGACCUGGCCUUUGAAGAUGCUGAAAUGAGGCAAAAAGAUGGAGAGGGCCAGGGUGAUGGUGGCCAAGAGAGGAAGGGUCCCGAAAGGUCUUCUUUUGGUUGCUUGAUGCAUUUAGCUCACGUCUUUCAGUCCAAGAAGUUCCAAUCAGCCAAGCUUGAGAGAUUGUAUCAGCGAUAUUUCUUCCGGUUAAACCAGAGCUCUCUUACAAUGCUGAUGGGCGUGCUGGUUGUGGUUUGUGGGGUCAUGCUGGCUUUCCACUGCAUCCAAGGUCCGCCUGGCGUUGCGUAUGCCUCUGUGCUCUCUGUAGCUAUGGGCCUAUUCUUGGCCUCGAUGGUGGUGUGUAACAGAAAUGGCUUUCACCAGGACUAUAUGUGGAUCAUGAGUUACCUGGUAAUGGGGGUGUUAGUGGUGGUGCAGGUGUUUGGAGUGUUGAUGGUGGCUCCACGCAGUGCAUCUGAAGGGAUCUGGUGGACAGUAUUCUUCAUCUACAUCAUCUACACAUUGUUGCCAGUGCGUAUGAGAGCAGCUGUGAUUGCUGGGUCUGUGCUCUCCACUAUUCACAUUAUUACAGCAUGGAGACUCAACCUUGGGGACAGCUUCCUCUGGAAACAGUUAUGUGCUAAUGCACUGAUUUUCCUUUGCACCAACAUCAUCGGCAUCUGCACACACUACCCAGCUGAAGUAUCUCAGAGACAGGCCUUCAAAGAGACCAGAGGAUACAUCCAGGCCAGAAUACACCUUCAGAGAGAGAACCAGCAGCAGGAGCGCCUGCUGCUCUCAGUGUUGCCAAGGCAUGUUGCCAUGGAGAUGAAGGCAGACAUCAAUGUCAAGAAAGAGGAUAUGAUGUUCCACAAGAUCUACAUCCAGAAACACGACAACGUCAGUAUCCUGUUUGCAGACAUAGAGGGCUUCACCAGUUUGGCAUCGCAGUGCACAGCCCAGGAGCUGGUGAUGACCCUUAAUGAGCUUUUUGCUCGCUUUGAUAAAUUAGCUUGGGAAAACCACUGUCUGCGGAUCAAGAUAUUGGGGGACUGUUAUUACUGUGUGUCUGGACUUCCAGAACCGAGGGCAGAUCACGCUCACUGCUGUGUGGAGAUGGGGGUGGACAUGAUCGAGGCCAUCUCAUUGGUACGCGAGGUCACAGGAGUGAAUGUGAACAUGCGUGUGGGUAUACACAGCGGCCGUGUGCACUGUGGGGUGCUCGGGCUGCGCAAAUGGCAGUUUGAUGUCUGGUCAAAUGAUGUCACACUGGCCAACCAGAUGGAGGCUGGAGGCCAAGCAGGGCGGAUCCACAUCACCAAAGCCACGCUGCAGUAUUUAAAUGGAGACUAUGAGGUUGAACCAGGUUUUGGAGGGGACAGAAAUGCAUACCUGAAAGACAACAACAUUGAGACUUUUUUUGUGCUUGGCUGUACUCAGAAAAGGAAAGAAGAGAAAGCCAUGAUGGCUAAGAUGCAGCAUGCCAGAGCCAACUCUUCAGAGGCGCUGAUAGCGCGCUGGGUUCCUGACAGAUCUUUCUCCAGAACGAAAGAUUCCAAAGUCUUCAGACAGAUGGGCAUAGAUGAAGCCUCCAGCAAAGAUAACCGCUGUGCACAAGAGGCUUUAAAUCCAGAAGAUGAGGUCGAUGAGUUUUUAGGUCGUGCCAUAGAUGCUCGUAGCAUCAACCAGCUGCGCAAAGACCAUGUCAAGAAAUUCCUGCUCACAUUCAAAACACCUUUUCUGGAGAAAAAGUACUCCAAAAUGGUGGAUGAUCGUUUUGGCAGUUAUGUGGCCUGCACUCUCCUCAUCUUUUGCUUCGUUGUUUUUAUUCAAAUCAUCGUCUUCCCGCAUACACCCUUAAUGCUGGGCAUGUUCAUCAGCAUCUUUAUUAUCCUCGUCCACAUCCUCUUUUUAAGUGCCAUUUACUCCUGCGUUAAGCUUUUCCCAGUUACCUUACAGACAGUGUCAAAGAGGAUUGUUCAAUCCCGUAUCAACAGCACGCUAGUUGGAGUCUUUGCCAUUCUGCUUCUCUUCAUCUCUGCCUUUGUUAAUAUGUUUACCUGUGACCGAGACAAACUGCUAGAAUGUGUGGCCAUACAGCAGAAUAUGUCUGGUUCCGUUACUGUGUGUCUGCUGCAUAAUCUGACUCAAACAGCAGAGGACCCCCUCACCCUGUGUCCUGACCAGACUUCACCAUGUGCUUUACCCGAGUACUUCACUUACAGUGUGCUGCUGACUCUGCUGUGCUGCUCAGUGUUCCUGCACAUCAGCAGUAUAGGCAAACUGAUCCUCAUGGUCUUCAUCCAGAUCUGCUUUCUGCUGCUAGUGGAGUGGCCUCUGGUCACUCUGUUAGACAACGCCGACCUGUUGGUCACUGCCAAUGCACUGUCUUCUUUCAAUGAAACCGAGCCUUGCUCAGAGAGGGUGACUAAAGUGUCUAUGAGGGUGAUGAUUCCAGUCAUCCUCACAGUGUUUGUACUGGCUCUCUACCUACACGCACAACAGGUCGAGUCCACUGCACGCCUUGACUUCCUAUGGAAGCUACAGGCUACUGAGGAGAAAGAGGAGAUGGAGGAGCUGCAGGCCUACAAUCGUCGACUCCUUCACAACAUCCUGCCCAAAGAUGUGGCUGCCCACUUCCUUGCAAGAGAACGUCGAAACGAUGAGCUUUACUAUCAGUCGUGUGAAUGUGUGGCCGUUAUGUUUGCCUCCAUCAGCAACUUCUCUGAGUUCUACACUGAGCUGGAAGCCAACAAUGAGGGUGUGGAAUGCCUGAGACUACUCAAUGAGAUCAUCGCUGACUUUGAUGAGAUCAUUUCUGAGGAGAAAUAUAAGCAAUUAGAGAAGAUCAAAACUAUCGGUAGUACGUACAUGGCAGCAUCUGGACUGAAUGACUCGACCUAUGACAGAGAAGGCCGCACACACAUUCUAGCCUUGGCUGACUAUGCCACGAGACUGCGAGAACAGAUGAAGUACAUCAACGAGCACUCAUUCAACAACUUUCAGAUGAAGAUCGGUCUGAACAUUGGGCCAGUGGUUGCUGGUGUGAUUGGAGCCAGAAAGCCCCAGUAUGACAUAUGGGGAAACACAGUGAAUGUGGCCAGUCGCAUGGACAGCACAGGUGUACCCGAUCGCAUCCAGGUGACAACUGACCUGUACCACGUACUAGAAAGUAAGGGCUACCAGCUGGAGUGCCGUGGACUUGUAAAAGUGAAGGGGAAAGGAGAUAUGACCACUUACUUCCUCAAUAGUGGUCCAGCCUGCAGUUAAUACUGACCAAAUGCCUCUCAAUGCACUGAAAUGCAGGAAGGACAACUGAAGGCUGUUAAUGGGAUUUGGACCUUACCUUGAGCAGAUCCAAAUACAACCACUCGCAAGCGCUCUCUCUCUCUCUCUUUCUCACGACAUCAGCAUUAAUGGGCAUGUGUAGUAUACAGGUGCAUCUCAAUAAAUUAGAAUGUCGUGGAAAAGUUAAUUU